AUGCAAGUGGUUAUUGGCAAGAUAACGGGGAGUAAGUGUGUGUUUGAAGUGAAUGUCGAGUCUGAAUCAGGGAUAAGUUUGAACGAAUCACAGGAACGCAGCCGGAUAGGUGUGAACGAAUCGCAGGAACGCAACUGGCUAGGUGUGAACGAAUCGCAGGAACGCAGCUGGCUGGGUGUGAACGAAUCGCAGGAACGCAGCUGCCUAGGUGUGAACGAAUCACAGGAACGCACGCGGAUAGGUGUGAACGAAUCGCAGGAACGCAACUGGCUAGGUGUGAACGAAUCACAGGAACGCAGCUGGCUAGGUGUGAACGAAUCACAGGAACGCAACUGGCUAGGUGUGAACGAAUCGCAGGAACGCAGCUGGAUAUGUGUGAACGAAUCGCAGGAACGCAGCUGGAUAGGUGUGAACGAAUCACAGGAACGCAGCUGGCUAUGUGUGAACGAAUCGCAGGAACGCAGCUGGCUAUGUGUGAACGAAUCAUAG